UUGCUCUGGAGCGGUUCAUUGCUGGUGUGAACGCAGUCCGAACCAAAACAUAGGAAGCGUAGUAUUUGCGCGUCAUUUCCUGUUGUGGAGGAGAGGAUUGCAAAUGGUGGAAAAAUGAGCGGCCGUGGAGCUAUGAGGAACACAGAUGCCUUCUGAAUAUCUGGGCAGAGGAGAACAUUUCUCAACUGUUGGAGAAGGUUCAUAAAAACGCGGAGGUGUUCAAAAUCUUUAGCGACAGACUGAAGCAACUUGGAUUUAACCGGAGUGUUGAACAGUGUCGUAUAAAAGUGAAAACACGACGACAACAAUACAUAAAAGUGCGCGACGCGCUGCAGAAGAGCGGCAGCUCCCCAAGUAUCAAAGAAGCAUUUAUUUGGUAUGAGGAUCUCGACAGUAUCUUGAACACAAGACCCAUAGUGAGCCCCGUAGAUAUGGUCGAGUCCUAUGCGGAGGAAGAGGUGGAUAAGUCACCUGACGAGGGGAGCCUAAGCUCCACUGCCGAUGCCGGGACUGCUAAGGCGGAUACUAGCCGCAGUUACUCCGCGGAUGCCGAGGACUCUGAUAACAAUGUUGGAGCUGGAGACAACCCCAAUGACAGUGGACAGCCCUCUGAGCAGAGCACAGACCAGGAUCAGAGUCAGCAGCCAGGAACAAGAUGGGUUAUUCCUGGUGCUAAUUCCAGGGGGGAAAAAGCAAAGACUGGACAGGCCAGUACAGUUCUCAGUGUAAUAGCUGAGCAAAUGAGAGAGGUGAAUGCACUGAUGGAAGCUGAGCAGACUCACCAGAGGCAGGAGUCAGCACAUUUUGAGACGUUUUUACGGGCACAACAGGAAGCUGAAGAACGGAGAUUCAAGGCCUUGCAGAAGCAAAGUCAGAAGAACAACAGAAUGUUCAUGCAGCUUAUUGGCAAUGUCAUAAGUACCAUGUCAUGUCAAACAUCACAAACACAUAUGCCCAACUGGAUGUCAAUGCAAGGUCACACAGCAUAUAUAGGCUACUCCAUGCCCCUGAUGCCCACACAACAUGGCCCCGAUGCCCACACAACAUGCUAUGGCCCCGAUGCCCACACAACAUGCUAUGCCCCCAAAUUCGAUGCCCCACAACUCAUCCAUGCUCACUCCUCCUUUCAUACAUAACCCACUCUUCAGGCCCUCUCCACCAUCCAUACCUGCUCCAUCAGCAAUGCCUACUGCCACUUCUACCCACUCAUCUCCACCUGUCAACCAAGAGCCUGACUGCCAACACAUCAUACCUCUGACUAUAACCGUUAAAGAAGGAAAUGAUGUUCCAAAAAUGUCCUUUAACUGAGUAGAAACGCAACUCGUCCUAGUUUGCAACUAUUGUGAGGUGGCUAAAUGUUGUGCCAAGUUGAAAAGCUGCUGCUUAAAAAAAAUGUGUUAUUGAAAUAUUCUGCCUUUUGAACUGUUACCUCUAAGCACUGAAACUGUGACUGUGCACCUUUUUACUUUUUUGAAUUGAGAAGUAUUUAUUAUUUAAUGAUUAUGCAUUGUUCUACCUCAAUAUGGGGUGCCUAUUUUUGUAUAAAUAUAUAUUUGAUAUAUUUGAUAUCUUGUGUCAAAGAUUGGCUACAUAUCUUACUACCUGUUUGUAGUAUUGUUUGCAGUAUAGCAGUUGUUUUUAUACUGUAGCAAAGUCUGACAUUUUUGCACUUGGCCCCAAAUAUUUCUUGCAUUUGGAGCAAAAUGUUUGUGCACUUCCAAAUACAAAUUGUAUUUUAGAUACAGUACAUUUGUGUGGAGUUUACAGUAUGUUAAAAAAAAGUAUGGCCAAUAACUCAAAGUACUUUCUUUUAUUGUAAUGAGUGUCACAUUAAUGAGGUCAAUGGAGAUUCAUUACAGAACAUGCAGUAUCUUUCACAUUGUACAUUAUGCUUAUGCAGUAUAUUAUGUGACAAUAUCUAUACAUCAUUUAAAACAAGUAACAAACAUCGAACAAUAACAAAGUUAUACUGUAAGUGCAAUCUUGAACAAAAUAAACCAAAUCCCUUCA